AUGUGUCCCGUCAUUUCACACAAACUCAAGAGCGAGGCGACGCACAGCCCAAACAACGAGAUGCCCCUCCCACUCAUUCCACUUGUCUUCGCCGCCCACUUCGCUCACACAGUAACCACUGUCAUAACGGCGGAGGCGCGGCGCAAAUCAGCCGUCAUAGCAAGUCACUUCGACUCCCUUCGCCUACAGGUCCGCGGACCAGAGCACUCCUUCACUCCCUUUUCGAGACUUCCGGCUGAGCUCCGCCUAAAAAUCUGGAACCACGCGCUGCCGCCGCGGACGCUCCUCGCAACACAUGCGCCGAACCCAGCACUUCUCUCAGUGAACCGAGAGGCCCGUUAUGAGGCUCUGAGGAGGUACACCCUCGUCAGAUUAAAUACCUGGGGAGAUCGGCGGAUAUACAUCGACUUCAACCAUGACAGCAUUGCCAUUGUCGAGGGCAAGGGUGGCGGUGGCUUUCCUGUUCGCGGUGCCAGGCAUGUCAUCGUCGUUUGUGAGGAGCCGUUCAGGAGUCCAGCUUCUUGGUUGAAGUGCCGGUAUCGUUCUGGUCUGGACUCAAUCACACUGGUUCUUGGCGGUGCUACGAGAUCAAACAUAGUGCCGUUCCCCGAGAUCAAGGAAUUGGGUACACCGAGUAGCAUGCAAACCCGACUAGGACUUUCCAAGGAAGAGGCAGAGAGGAUAGAAGAUGAGUUGCGGGACUUGGCCCAAGGAUGGGGGCACACAGAAGUCCGUGUUGGAGAGUUUGUUUAA